GCUAAUAGAAAAAAUCACCUAAAUUCCUUCAUCCAGUCGCUCAGCGUGGAUGUUCAUCAAACGUUGCAUGCGAGCAUCAAAUCUGCCUCGGGAUCGACCUCCCAUACUAAUCCAAGCGCUACUAAUCUAAGCGCUACCGGCACCGGAAUGCUGCUGCGAGUGCCAAAAUCUGCUUCAAGUCUCUUUGCCCGACUGCCUUAUCGUUGAAUCCCCCCGCUAUCUUCCCAAAGACUAUUUGUAAUCGUCCAUAAUGGACAACAUCACAGCAGCUAUCGCUCUACCCACAGCGGCCGAAGCCAUGGCAUCCGCCCCAGUGUAUGACAUCUAUAGCGUCCAAUUCCCACCAUGGUGGUGCUUCAACUUCUUCCUCAUGAUCUGGUGCUUUGGGCGUGUUGUUGAGCAUCUCUUGGCAAAAACCUCCAUGCUAAACAUCGGGACCAAGUACAAGGUCCUUCCAUGGGACAAGCAACGUAAUGUUGUGGUAUAUGUCCUCCAAACUAUCAUCACUACGCUUGCCUUUGUCUUGCAGAUUCUUGGAGGCAUUGAUAUUGUGUUCCAAAGAAAAGAUACCACUACUGAAGUUCGAUACUCCUUCAUGAUUGUCAUGGCUCAGCUUGUCUUUGUUCUGUACACCUGGGAACUCAUCUACCGACUCAAGAUUGGCAUGCCAUUGCUAAUACACCACAUCAUGACAUGCCUCAUGACACAGCUUCUGGCAGCAGCCUUGGUUGACACCUUUGAUGUGGAGUAUGCCCGUCUUGCCACAAUGUUAUCCUUCUAUGCAACCACGGAACAGACCAGUUUUGUAGCACUCUUUUGCUACCGAUUGGAUCUAUUUUCCAAAGAAACCCAACACAGCUGGUUCACUGUUGCUGCUAUUCAAUCCAUUGUGGUCAAAUCUUCCAUUGCCAUCUUUUCUUUGGUCUACUUUUGCGUCGUCUUCUUUGUCCGCAAGGAAGCAGACGAUCAGCCAACCAACUGGAAAUGGUUCUGGAAAAUCUGCUUCAUUCCUCUUGUCCUCGCUCUCUUUGCUGCCCAGCUCUACACCAGCCAGAUCCUCUGGCAGCUCAGGAAUAAGUGCUCUGUGGAAGUGAGGAAAUCAAUUGUUUCCAGCAAGAAGAUUGAUGAUGAUGCUCUCAAUAAUGGCACAGAUACAAACUGCCGCGAAGACAGUGAGAACGAUGAUAUUUCAGUCCGGGUAGAACUUUUUACCAUUGACGUAUAGCCAUCCAUUUGCAAAGCAAUUUAAUUUACAUUCUAGCUAGAAUCCAUGUUUAUAUUCUGC